AUGAUUAGGAGUCCUGAUCUGGACUCCUUUGUUUGUUGUGCUGUAUGUUCAAAAAUAAUACCACCACCACCUUCCAAGGCUACUUUUGAUCGGAUUCGGGAGUAUAAGCCUUUCAGAACGCGCUAUUACACUCACCGUGAUAUACUGGAGAUUGGAGCAGACAUUCAACAAAAACAAAAGGAAAAGGAGGCAGCAGACGUGCAAGAAUCCAUUGAAAAAGUGAAAGCUGAACUUUGGUCUCAGGCUGAAAUUCACAAGGAAGAUGCAGUGGAUAAAGCUCUCAAAGAGGCAGCAGCUAACCACAGUGCUUUUGUACAAGACCUUAAGCAAACCCUUGCAAAGGAAUCAAAGGAGGAAGUGAGGAAGGCAAAGGCAGAGAUGCAGCAGUACAUGGAAGAUGUGUGGAAAAGAGAGGUUGAAGCUGCAGGACAGCGCAUGGCUCACAAACUUCAGUGUGCCCUCAUGGAGUGUGCCCAGGAGUAUCAGCAAGCCAUGGCUGAAGCCAGGAAGCAGGAGAGGGAGGCAGUCCUGGAGGAAGUAGCUGGGGAGCACAGAAAGCACUUAGAGCAACUUAAAGAAGAAACUAUGUUAGCUAAGAGACUAUAUGAUAAGAGUAUAGAGGAAUUAAAUGAAGAAAAACGUCAUGAGAUAGAACUUGCCCUGAGUAUUUCACAAACAGAGAGCCAGACUGAGACUGAAGAAAAGCUCAGAGAAGCAGAGACCCUACAUCUUGAUGAGAUGGGGAAAAUGAUGGCUACACUGAAAGCAGCAGAAGAACAGGUAGAGAUUCUCACUCAAAAACUGGAAAAGAUGACAAAUUGGAAGGACACCCUGGAAACUGAAAUAGAAGCUACAAGACAAUCUUUUCAAAGAUACAUUGAUGCCACAUUUCCUAAUCUGUCCCCUGGACAAGCAGAUUUUAUUCUGCCAUUCAGAAAAGCAUUUCAACAGAAAAACACUCCAGAAGAAGCAGAGGACAGUGAGGACAGCAGAGGAAUGUAA